AUGGCGCGCCUAGUCAUGGUUGGCGUGUGUUUCGUCGACACAAUCUUAAGCGUGGAUCACUAUCCCGAGGAAGAUGAAAAGCUUCGAGCAUCAAGUCUAACUCGGCGGCGAGGAGGAAAUUGCCCUAAUUCUCUAGAGGUCAUACAGCAGCUUAUAAACCUCUCCCAGUUGAAACUGUCACUGAAUCUCAUAUCCGUGCUCCCAGCGCUUGAGUCAGCAAGCACACGUUUUAUAAAACAAACGCUGGGGCCGGAUGUGAACUGCAAUUCUUGUAUCUAUCGCCCGGACUCGACUGAGCCAGCAUCCGCGUAUGUGAUUAAUAGCCAGAGAACGGGAAGCAGAACGAUUGUGAGCUAUAACGAGCUGCCACAGAUGACUCUUGACGAAUUUUCAUCUUCAGUUGAGAAGCUUGAACACACAGAGAAAACCUAUUUUCAUUUCGAGGGAACCAUGCCAGAAGAGAACCUACAGUGUAUUUUGCAUAUACGACAUAAAUACCCUUCUGCAUUUAUUAGUGUUGAAGUUGAGAACCCACGGCGUGUGGGACUCGAGAAACUGGCAGCUGAGGCAGAUCUCGUCUUCUACGCCAAGGGCUGGGCCCAGGCACAGGGCUAUUCAUCCAUGGAGGAAUGUCUGGAAGCACAAAUUGAUGUCACACCAGAAGCGAAAUAUCUAUGCUGUACAUGGGGCAAGGAAGGCGCUUCACUCCUAACCAAGCCUGACAACACCCGUAUAACGGUGCCUGCAUUAGAGGUCCCGGAUACAAAUGUAGUGGACUCGAUAGGCGCCGGGGACACAUUUGUUGCCGGUAUGCUCUUCGGCAUUCUGUGCCAUACAGAGGACUGGGACCAUGAACGCAAAUUGCGGUUUGCGACGGAACUAGCUGGACUUAAAGUCCGUCAGGAUGGUUUCCAAGGUCUAGGAGUUGCUAUGAAUCAUCGUUUGAGGUGA